GCGAAAUAACCGAUAGGUAGCAGCUGUUUUUGGUUGGCUAUGUUACAGAAAUAAAAGAUUCCGCGCUGUUAAUAACAUCACAGCAAAUGUUAAAAGUUUUUUGGGUGCCCACAGCUGCGUGUGUGUGUCAAGAAGUAGAGAGCUGCAAAAAAGAAACAACUUUAUUUUUGAUGCGUUGUGCAAACGCCAGGUUCAGUGAGUGUGCAAAUCGCGAAGAAAAAUAAUGUCGAAACGGCGAGUAACAAGCAGCAACGAUGGCGCCAGCAACAAUGCGGAGCAAAAUGCAACCAAUGCCAACAACACCAUCAUCAAUCUAGACGACAGCGACGAUGAGGACGACGAUACGCAAUUUGUGGGCACCGUGCGUCCAAGCAUACCAACAAUCGAUCUCUGUGUGUCACCAUCCACCUCGGCAGCAGCGGCUGCCGCUGCUGGUGCUGGUGCUGGUGCUGCUUCUUCUUCUAAUGCUGCAAAAUCGACUCCUGCAGGUGAAUCACUCAAAACUAAUACGGGCGCCGCAUUGGCUGCUUGUAGUGUAACAUCUGGCGCCGACGCAGCUGCUCCCACCGCCACUUUGGAGUGCCCAAUCUGUCUGCAAACUUGCAUUCAUCCCGCACGCCUGCCGUGCGGUCACAUCUUUUGCUUCUUGUGCGUCAAGGGUGUUGCCUACAAAAAUCGUCGCUGCGCCAUGUGCCGUCGUGAGAUUCCCGCCGAAUUUCUGGAUCAUCCGCAACUGGUAAAUGGCAUCGAUGAUAUUUGUGCCACACGCGCCACCGAGGAUGGCUAUCAAUGGUAUUACGAGGGUCGAAAUGGUUGGUGGCAAUACGACGAUCGCACCAGCCAGGACAUUGAGGAGGCCUUCAAAAAGGGCGACAAAUCCUGCAGCAUACUCGUCGCUGGCUAUGUGUACAUUGUGGAUCUGGAGCAGCUGGUGCAGCAGCGUCAAAACGAACCGUCGCGCUGUCGUCGCGUCAAGCGUGAUCUGGCCACCAUACCAAAAAAGGGCGUGGCUGGACUGCGCAUCGAGGGCAACCAAGUGACCAGUGACACGGUAUUCAGUCGUCCCAGCAACCCAACGCCACCGGCUGCCGCUACGGGUGGCCCAGCCACAUUUAUAUCGACUAUAGCGGCACGGGAUGCGGCCAUUCGUAUUGCCAGCGACAUAAUUGGCUCCACGCUGGCGCAUGCAGAUGAGCUGACACGCGGCAUGGCCGCCAGCAAUAUCAGUGACAGCGCCAAUGAUCUGAGCGGUGAGCAAACCUUCUCCAAUCCACAAACAUCCAACACAACAGGUGCAGAACAGCAGUCGCAGGGUACUAGUACGGGUCUGGGUGCUGUUGCUGCUGCCCGUUCGCUUGCCUCCUCGCACUCAAAUUCCAUACAGGAUCUCAUGCUCAGCGCCACAGAGGACUUGCUGGACACCACACAACAGGUCAUUGAGACCAAUCAACAUACCAUAGAUCUCUUCGAGCAGGCCUUGAACGAUUUCCAGGCGCUCACCAUGCGCAGCUUUGCCGACUCCAGUGAUGAAGAUGACAAUUGCGACAAUGAUGUUCAUGAUCAUGAUAUUAACAAUGGUGGCGCGGUGGCUGAGCAAUUUGAGGCGAGCGAAUCACAUGAUGAGCACAAUGUGGGCCAUUAGGUUUCCAAUUUCUAAUCACAAUUCCCCAACAUAACACAAGUACCGUUUAGCUUAGACUACAAGCUAAAAGCUCGAAACGCGAACGAAGUUCCUUUAGAAAUGUCAACAUUUCAGAAUGUUAACUAGAGAAAUGCGAAGCCGCGUACCUGAGAUCAAUAUAUCGCUCUAUGCGUGAGCAAAAGUAAUAAGAAAAUGAGUGUAAGAGGAGGAAAGGCUUACAGGGUAACCUACACAUAGUGCGUAUACGAAAUUCCUUAUCAAUCUGAACCUGAGCAACUAUUAUCUGUACAUACCAUACUUGUAAUUGUGAUUGGAAGCUGUAAUAUCAACUGGGUCUCUAAAACCAAAGCUCCUAGAAAAUCCCCAAACUAUCAAAAACAAAACAAAAUCACUUUCAGUUCGAUAAUUACAUCAGUUUCGUAAGGCAUUGAAUAUUAAGUUUGCUUUAAAGUACAAACAGAAACUUUAACGUACAGCAACAACAGUAAAAAUUAUCGUCAAAACACAAUAUCCGUAGGAUUUUUAUGGAAAUGCUACUCAAUCUCAUAGGGGGAAUAUUGCAAGUAAGCAGAGUCCUCUCUAAACACAGUAUAUAGUAUAUAUGUAUAUUUAUAUGUAUAAAAAAUACUCAUAAUUAAACCAAAACAUUCUAUAAAAUCCCCCGCAACCGAGCCAAUUAAGCAACCACCAAGAAAGCGUAGUGUGAGAUGGACAAUACAUAUAUUCGAUUGGGUUUUAAAUGGGUAACUACCUGUACUCGGGUAAAUUGACAAGCUUGAGAAGAUAUUCUUUCAAUUCGUACUCAAUUCGGUUAAUAUCUGAUCAGGGUAGCUUCACAAGCUGAGAACUUGAAGAAUCCUUGAAAUAUCAAAGUUAGAUGUUGCCCCCGUGUUUAUAUUAAUAUAAGUCGCCGUUAAGUGCGUUAAAACAAAACAUUUCUGUGAAAGUUUUACUUAUAAUUGUAAAAUAAGUUAUUAUAAGCAUUACGUUCAGUCACAAUUGAGUUCAUACAAGAUCGUUAGCUGUAUUUUUUAUGUUUUUCAUUUAACGGUCCUUUUUAUGCAGCUCAAUUGUGCCUAAUCGGAAUGCACUUUAUAAAUGCCUAUAUUAAUGUAUAUGUAUGUAUAUUUUGUGACUACUGUUUUAUAGAUUCGAUUUGUACCCCGCCAUUACUUCUAACUGUGAAAUGCCUAUUCGUAGCUACCCUUAUAUCAACGAUAUUCCUAAAGCUCUACUGAGUUCAUGCGUAAGAGCUCCCCAUUCCUUCCGGUAAUAUACAACAAACAAACAAACAAAAUCCAAAAAUAUUUCAUGUUUCUCAUUAAAGAGCUUAUUGGUCAUCAUAUUAAUUCAACUUGAUAAGAAAACUAUGUUAAGUUCAUUUUGAAUGCCUUCCUUAGCAUAGAGAAGUCGAUCUCUAUCUCUCCUUCUCUUUUCUACCACUCCAUAACUAUCUGUUCUUUACUUUUGACUGCCUCGCGUUGCGUUGUAAUUUCAAUCCUCUGAUAACCUUAAGAACUUUUUGAGACUUUAUCAAUUACAUUUUUUUCAUACUUCGCUAAUGGUGGCAGAUAGAUCAUGUACUUAUCGAAAUCUUUAUAUAACAUUUUGCUUAAACAGAUUAAAACAUCAGUAAAUCAAAACGAAACUGUGCCAAGCGCAAACACUAACAGAUAUGCAUUCUGUUUAGCCAAGAAUAUGGUGCUGUUUAUUAUUAACACUAACAGCAAAGUUAAUAAACAUUAACAGCACGUCACAUUUCAGUUCAGUAACUCAUUAAUUUUGAUUAUUUUCAUAUAUCAUUGAUAUUUAAAUAUUAAUUAAAAUUCAUAUUGCUCCAUUUACGGGGCAUGUUAUUAGAUGUAUUUAUUAUCUUUACCUAAACUUUGAGAAAGAAGAUGCUCUAUGUAAGACAUGUUGAUUUAUUAUAUAUAAGAUUAUUGAAUAUUACUGUAUUUAUGUUGGAAAUAAACAUUCUCAUUCAACAAAAGUCAAAUACUUCAAAACCGAUUAAAGCUAUAUUACAGGAAAAGUAUAUUAAAACGA